AUGUUAGCGUGGGUUAACGACUGCUUACAGUCGAACUUUGCCAAAAUUGAAGAGUUGUGCACUGGUGCAGCUUAUUGCCAGUUCAUGGAUAUGCUCUUCCCUGGGAGUGUACCUAUCAAGCGAAUUAAAUUCAAGACUAAUUUAGAACAUGAAUAUAUACAGAAUUUUAAAAUAUUACAAGCAGCAUUCAAAAAAAUGGGUGUUGAUAAGAUAGUUCCCAUUGACAAACUGGUGAAGGGUCGUUUUCAAGACAACUUUGAGUUCUUGCAAUGGUUCAAGAAAUUUUUCGAUGCCAACUAUGGAGGCACGGAAUAUGACGCUGUAGCGCAGCGCGAAGGCUUGCCCAUGGGGCACGGAGGCUCGGCGGCGCCUCGGGCCGCGGCCGCUAAGAAACCUGCGGCACCAGUCGCUAAAGUCGCCGCUAGACCCCAAACCAUAAGCAAGACUAACAACAUGAUGAGGUCUCCUCCAGUGAACUUGGCUAGAUUAAACCAAAGUUCGAAAGGAGACUCCAAGGCAGUUGAUGAGCUUAAUCACCAGAUAAAUGAAUUAAAAGCGACAGUUGACGGCCUGGAAAAGGAAAGAGAUUUCUAUUUUGGUAAACUUCGGGAAAUAGAGGUUAUCUGUCAAGAGAUGGAAGAACAACAAAAUGCUCCCGUUAUACAGAAAAUUUUGGAUAUCUUAUAUGCAACUGAGGACGGCUUCGCACCUCCCGAAGAAAUAGACGGCGACAACCCACAUCCGCCAGAGGAGGACGAGUACUGA